AUGGUGAUGAGAUGGUUUGAUGGUCUUAAGCCAAAUUCCAGAAAUUCCUUUAAGCAGCUGACACAGGCUUUUGGUUCCCACUUCAUCACCAGCAGCAGAGUCCCUUGGCCCCUAGAUUCCUUCCUAUCCUUAUCCAUACGAGAAGGAGAAACACUGAAGGCCUAUUCAGACAGAUACUGGGAAAUGUAUAAUGAGAUAGAGGGAAACUACGACGAUGUCGCCAUUAGUACGUUUAAGAGGGGCCUACCGACGGAGCAUGGCUUAAAGAAAUCCCUGACUAGGAAACCGGUCACUAGCGUGCGCCAACUCAUGGACAGAAUUGACAAAUACAAAAGGGUUGAGGAGGACCAGCAGAUGGGGAAGGAUAAAGUGAAGGUUGUCACUCAAGAGAGGAGGGACUUCAGGUCGGACCGUUUUAACAACAAUAACAGGCCGAGAAGGGACUACGCGGAACAUUCCGGAUCCACUGGGGUACAAGCAGUCCAUGCUGUGUUCCGAGAACCAUUACACAAGAUCCUAGAGAAGGUGAAGUACGAACCAUUCUUUCAAUGGCCGAGCAGGAUGGCCGGUGACCCCUCAAAACGUGAAUCUAUAUUACGCGUACCACUAAGAGUCGGGUCACCUUACCGAUGA